AAAAUGCGAGAAGUGAUAAAAACUAAAGGUGAACUCACACCUCAGAGAGGAAACUGUAGAACAAUAAAUUAUUACUGAUGACAAUAGAGCAGAGUGGGUGGAAUGAAGUUGGUUCAGAGUGAAGGUGUGGUACCUGAUGUGAGCAGGGACAGGUAAGGCGCUGGGCGUGUUGUGACAGGUGGAGGAGUGUUUAAAUGCAACAAGACUAUUUAAAGCUAAGUUAGUCUGGUGCCCGCAGAAAUUCCCUUACAGCCAUGUUUUUCAUCAAGGUCAUCAGUGCGGCGGCGCUGCUGCUGACUCUCCUGACUAAAGAGUCAGCGUCUCAGCUCUCUGUUUGUGGACAACCUCCACUCAACACUAAGAUCGUUGGAGGACAGGUGGCCUCAGCAGGCAGCUGGCCCUGGCAGGUCAGUCUGCAGACCACGUAUCACUUCUGUGGAGGAUCGCUGAUCAACAGUCAGUGGGUGCUGACUGCUGCCCACUGUCUUGCAAGUUUCAAUGGCAACCCAUCCAGACUGACCGUGUAUCUGGGUCUUCAGACUAUUCAGGGGUCCAACCCAAAUUCUGUGUCUCGAACAGUAGCACGGAUUAUUGUUCAUGCAAGCUACAACUCUGAGACGAGCGACAACGACAUCGCCCUCCUGCAGCUCUCCUCAGCUGUGACUUUCACCUCCUACAUUAAACCAGUCUGCCUGGCUGCAGCAGGCAGCACCUUCUACAGCAACGUCAGCUCCUGGGUCACCGGCUGGGGCAACACCGCAAGUGGAGUGUCUCUUCCCUCUCCUGGAAACCUGAUGGAGGUGCAGAUCCCAGUUGUAGGAAACCGCCAGUGUAAUUGUAAUUAUGGAGUGGGCAGCAUCACCGAUAACAUGAUGUGUGCUGGUUUAGCUGCAGGAGGGAAGGACUCCUGUCAGGGAGAUUCAGGAGGUCCGAUGGUGAGCAAGCAGGGAGGCGUCUGGGUUCAGGAGGGAAUUGUGAGUUAUGGGUUCGGUUGUGCCCAGCCAAAUUACCCAGGAGUCUACACCAGAGUGUCCCAGUACCAGACCUGGAUCAACAGCCAGAUCACCAGCAACCAGCCGGGCUUCGUCACCUACACGUCCACCGGGACCGACGGUGACCUCAGUGUCUCCUGCACAGGCCUGCCACCGAUUACCACCACGGCACCACCCGUGUUCUGUGGACAAGCCCCGCUAAACUCUGGUAGUUUGGGUGGAAGUUCUGUGACGACAGAUGGUUUGUGGCCCUGGAUGGCGAGUCUGCAGAAGAAUGGACAGCAUGUGUGUGGCGGGACACUGGUGUCCUUGGACUUUGUCCUCAGCGACGCUGACUGUUUCUCAAAGCCCCCUAAUGCAUCUCAGUGGACGGUUGUGUUGGGUCGUCGGAAGCAGAAUGGAUCAAACGCCAAUGAAGCAUCUUUUAAAGUGUCGAAUAUAAGUCUGAGCAACAUUGCAGGGUCUAACAUCGCUUUGCUGAAGCUGUCGACCCGACCCACCCUAAGUAACUACAUCCAGCCCAUCUGUGUCGUGACGCCAGGACAGACCUUCUCAGAGGGAACAACAUGCUGGGCAGCUGGCUGGAGCUCUGGACAAGGAGGAGCUGAAGAGGUUCUCCAGCAAUUGCAGACAUCUGUGGUAAAUUGUGGGAAUGCAUCUACGAGCUACAGCAUUUGCACAGGACAGUUUACAAUAUACCAGGGGUAUUCAGGCGGUCCGCUCAUGUGUCAGCAGGGCGGCUCCUGGUACCAGGCUGCUGUGUUAACAAACAGCACCAACUCCACCAAUACAAAAGCAACUAGCACUCCCAUGGUCUUUCAGCAAUUGACUGCCUUUGACUCAUUUCUGAGGAGCACCUUGGGGACAUUCUUGUCUCCAGCAACCACCACCGCCACCCCUGCCGCCUCCACCGCUUACACUCACUGCCCCUUCUUUGUUGGACUUCAUCUCCUUAUUCUCGCCUUGUCUGUCCAAAUCUUCUCACCUUAUCCUUUUCGUCACCAUACGAUAAAGAAAACCUUACCAAGUCAAGUGGCUGACAUCCCAACCCUACUUCUAUUCGAGUCAGUAUUCAAGGACUCUGAUUUUAUGGCGUUCUUGGGUCCAAAGUCUCUCACCCGUUCCAGCCGUGGUUCUAAACCAGUAAAAGAUGUAGUGAGCAAGUCUUUGCAUCAAGAGCACUUCAAUGUCAUCUGGUUCUCUGCAUCUUUGGGUCCUAACCUCCUCUUGGCUCCCCAUCGUGACAGUAUAUUUAUGUGGGCUGCCCCCUGUGACCCCACUUUGAACCACUUCUGUGGCGCCAUCAUGUGCUCUACAUUUCACUGCGUUACCACGGCCCGCACUCACCCCAGACACAGCCCACUAAAGUCCAUGCUGGUGUUUGGAAAGAACAACUUGGACUUUCUGCAUGAAAACUUUCAGCUUUGUGUUAAACAGAUUCAGGCUUCGAAAAAUGACGUGGCGUGUUUGUUUCCGACGCGUAGGGAGCCCUGCUCCUCGCUGUGCGAGAGCGUCAGUAUCCGACGCCUGCGGGUUCAGAUGUUGCCUCGUGGUACCAAUAGAGACUCAGAUGCACGACUGACAAACAGUCAAAACAGAUGCGCCGGUUUCAUAAUCGCAGAUGCCACUGAAACAAUCCGUGAUUAUGAAACAGGUGCACUUAGUGCACCAACAGCUGUUGCUGAAGGCGAGCAGACAAAGCAGGAAAACCAGUCUGGCAUGAAGCUUAGCAGCUUAAGCUUAGCUGCAGAGUCUAAGCCACAGCUUGAUUACUUUUAUCUAUGUUCUCAUUAUCAGUUUUAUAUCUUGCAAGGGGAGACAGAUUCAUGCAUCAUUGUCUACCUUUCUACAGUCUGUGGUGUAUCAACACUCAACACCAGGAUUGUUGGGGGUCAGGUGGCUUCAAGUGGCAACUGGCCCUGGCAGGUCAGUCUACAAACCACGUCUCAUUUCUGUGGAGGAUCUCUGAUAAAUGAUCAGUGGGUUCUGACUGCUGCUCACUGCCUCACAUGGCUCAGCAGCGCAUCUAGUGUGACCGUGUUUCUGGGUCGUCAGACUCUACAGGGAUCCAACCUAAAUAUGGUGUCUCGGAAAGGAGCACGCAUGAUUGUUCACCCAAGCUACAGCGCUGAAACUAAUGACAACGACAUUGCCCUCCUUCAGCUAACCUCAUCUGUGACUUUCACCCCCUACAUUACACCCGUCUGCCUGGCAGCUUCAGACAGCACCUUCUACAGUGGAGUUAGCUCCUGGGUCACUGGCUGGGGCAACACUGCAAGUGGAGGGUCCCUUCCUUACCCUGGAAACCUAAUGGAGGUUCAGGUGCCAGUUGUGGGUAAUAGGCAGUGUAAGUGCAACUAUGGAGCAAGUGAAAUCACCAACAACAUGAUAUGUGCCGGGUUAGCUGCAGGAGGGAAGGACGCCUGUCAGGGAGAUUCGGGCGGUCCAAUGGUGAGCAAGCAAGGCAAUGUCUGGGUUCAGGCAGGACUAGUAAGUUUUGGAGUGGGAUGUGCCCAGCCAAAUUACCCAGGAGUCUACACCAGAGUGUCCCAGUACCAGAGCUGGAUCAACGGCCAGAUAACCAGCAACCAGCCAGGCUUUGUCACCUACAUGUCCAAUGGAACUGACAGUGACCUUAGUGUCUCAUGUCCAGGAGUGCCACCAAUUACAACCGCAGCUACUACAACCACCACAACCACCACAACUACCACAACUACCACACCUACAUCUACAACCACCACAACUACCACUCCUACAUCUACAACCACCACAACUACAACAGCCCCUGGCCUUACGAUAAGCACAAAUACAACUACCACUCCUACAACUACCACAAAAACAACACCACCAACUACCACUUCUACAACAACCACUACAACAACAACACCAACUACCACUUCUACAAAAACAACUACAACAACACCAACAACCACACCUACAACAACCCUUGGACAGAGCACCACACCUGGACCUGUGGUUUGUGGAAGGGCCCCUCUAAAUUCUCGUAUUUUGGGUGGAAGUUCUUCCACAACAGCUGGUGAGUGGCCAUGGAUGGCAAGUCUGCAGAAAAAUGGACAGCAUGUGUGCGGUGGGACGCUGGUGUCUGAGACCUCUGUACUGAGCAAUGCCAAUUGUUUCUCAAGCUCCCCUAAUGCAUCUGAAUGGACGGUUAUUUUGGGUCGUCUGAAGCAGAAUGGGACUAACCCAUUUGAGGUCUCAAUGAAUGUGACAAAUAUCACCUUGAGCAACCAAACAGGCUCCAACAUUGCAUUGCUGAAACUGUCAGCCCGACCCGCUUUAACAAACUACAUUCAGCCCAUCUGUCUGGACAACUCGAGAACCUUCCCAGUGGGAUCAACAUGCUGGGCUGCUGGAUGGAGCUCCGGACAGGGAGGACAAGAACAGGUUCUGCUGGAAUUUGAGACACCCGUGAUUGAUUGUGGGAAUGUGACAAGCGACAGCAUUUGUACAGGACUGUUUGCAUUGGAGCAGGGUGAUUCUGGCGGCCCACUAAUGUGUAAGCAGGACAACUUCUGGUUCCAGGCGGUCGUGCUAUCAUUUUCAAGCAGCUCUACCAGGCCAAAGCGACAGACAGCUGUUAUGAAGUUUGAAAAACUGAGCCAAUUUCAAGACUUCCUGGUUCAGACACUAGGGAGGCUCUUAACUCCAACCGUCAGCAGCACCAGUGACACCAACAGCACUGCUGCCACCAACAACAGCACUGCUGCCACCAACAACAGCACAGCUGCCACCAACAACAGCACUGCCGCCACCAACAACAGCACUGCCCCCACCACUACCAACACAAAUACCACAGUUGGAGAAACUCAUAACUCCUGCCCCAUCUUCACCUGCCUCCAUCCCCUGGUCUUCUCUUUGUGCCUUCAACUUUUUUAUACAACAGUUUAAUUUUCCUUCUUCUACUUGAUGUGAAAGGCAAAUGAAACGGCGCAGCACAAGAAUUUGGCACUUUUUAAACUUGAAACUCAGGCCCUGUCCACACGUAGCCGGGGAUCUGCCAAAACGUAGAUAUUUUUCUACGUUUUGGCCUGUCAUCCACACGAAAACGGAGUUUUUUCACACGAAAACGGAUCUUUUUAAGAACUCCGGCCAAAGUGAAGAUCUGCAUUUUCUCCGUUUUGGUGUCUGCGUGUGGACAGACAAAACCGGAGUUUUAAGGUCCGCAACGUCACUUUCCGCGACAAAAAAAUGCUGACAUCACGUGUGCGACCUGUGUUUACACUAGCCGACAGCAUGGAUGCCCUCAGAGCUGCGCUCGCUUUAUCAAUUGUCCAAGUGCUUUUUGCUUGUUUGUUUUUGCAAGCAGAAUUACUGCUCCUUGCGGAAGACCACAGACGAAGGAUGAGGUUAAGAACGGGGGAAGUACUGCCGCCUACAGGUCUGGCAUGUCCUUAACAACGUAUUUAUCCGGGUACGUGUGGACAGAGUUUAUUUUUAAAACGAGGUGGUGUGGAUGCAAGUUUUUGGAGGGGCGGAUAUUCGUUUAAAAAAAAACGGCUACGUGUGGACUAGGCCUCAGUCAGUUCAUGGGCUUGACUCUGUCUCUUUCUGUUGAUCAUUAGCUGAGUUGUGAUGCUGGAGCGGUUGACGAAUCAGACAUUUAAAAAUAGAAAACCAGUGAAGGUUUUUAUCAGUGAGGUCUGAAUUUUGAAUGAGGUUGACAUUAUGAACAUUCUGUUUUUUUGCUGAGGAAAGCUUGUUUUAGUUGGAACUUUUUGGUUUGCAUACAUUAUUAGCAAGUCACCACCAGCAUUAGCCAAGAAAUGAUCUCAAUAAGGCACUGACCGAGGUUGGUAGGAAAGGUUAUAUAAUUUGCCAUUGUGGCAAUAUUAUGGGAAUUACGUCAAUAUUGGGCGAUUUCAGUAUCAUAGUAAACCACUGGCCUGUGGCCUUUAUUCACUUUUAAGAAUAAAAUAAUUCUACCUCAGAUGACGCUAAUGCUAACUGAUCAAAGAUAACACACAGUGGGUCCUGAUCAUUCCUGCCAGGAACUCCUUUGGAUGAGAGUGUCCAGUGAUAAUGGCAGAAAAAUCUGAUGAUUCCAAGGUCCACUAAUGAUCAUGUGUUCUACAAAUCUUGGCUUUUAAACAUCAUGUUUUGAAAGUAAAUAUUUUGUUGUUUUUCUAAAUGACUAAUAUCAGCAAUAGGUCAAAAUUAUUUGAUCAAAUUAUAAUAAAAAAAAUAAGCAAAAAUGUGCAUCUCUAGAUUUCAGUGUCAAACUGGUUAUAAAGCUUGUUGUGAAGUGUGAAAACCUUGCACAUUUGUUGAUUGAAAGUGGCUUUAUUUUCAGAAAAGCAACUUGAAAAAAGAACAUCACUGACAGUUAUUUAGCUGAUUUGCACAGAAAAUAAUAUUGAUUAAGCUGCACUGCAAUUAUUUGAUUAUACGUUUUGUUUUGGGGCUCAGAUAGGAAAAGCUUAAUAUGUUUGUAUAUUAAACCAAUAAACAGAUUAUAUUUUUGUAAUAAUUACUCUGAUUUUUUAAAAGUACAAAUGCUCUAAAACUAAUCCAUUCAUUUUUUUCUUUCAUUUUUGUUGAUUGCACAUCUGUGAACUGCUGUAAUGUGCCAAUAAAAGUGGAGUAGAACACAAAAACUCUUGCAUGCUAAUCUCAAACCACUUCAGUGAUUACAUUUUGAUUGUUAUCCUGUUGAUGUACAGGUUGAAAUCUGAGCAGCUUAGUGUUUGUACUAAAAACUACUGCCUCCAGGGUUGUUCCUACCAAUGAUUAUCUAUAGAAACAACAUUUAAAACCAAGGUGCCUGUGACUUACUGCUGAUCUAAAACUAGGGAUGCACCGAUAUUAAUUUUUUGGGCCAGUAUGCGAUACUAU